AUGGAGAUUUCUUCCAUUAGAGGGUUAACUCAUGAAAUGGAUAUGGAGGAUCCUAGGUUCAUCAGCCAGUGGCACAUGAACUAUGUCGAUGAGCUAAGCAUACCGCCACUAGCAGCCACAUUUGAAGAAGAGAGUUUACAACAGUACCCUUUCACUCAUCCAAACUUCAAUCUCAGAAAUCAUGACAUGGCGGCUUCUCGGACUGGUAUUGAUGCACCCAUGAAAAUGCUCAAACCCAACAGCUGGAACUCAUCCAAACUUGAACAUGUAUCAUAUCCACAACAUUCCCCUUCUCAAAACGUUCUUUCAUUUGCCAAUGCGAACUAUGCAAAUCAAAUGGGCAUUUUAAAUCCUAAGGAGGAGGCCGCAGUAUGUUUCAAAAGAAUGAAUACCCUUCCUUCUGAUAUUUUGAUUUCUCAGGAUUCCUUGGGGAAUCAAGAUUAUGGACUUAAGGCUUGUCAGGGAGGUAGGAGGAUUAGGAGAAGCACUAGACAUUCUCAAACACCGGAUCACGUUAUAGCAGAAAGGAAAAGGCGAGAGAAGCUCAGUCAGCGGUUCAUUGCUUUGUCUGCAUUAGUACCUGGCCUAAAGAAGAUGGACAAGGCUUCUGUUCUUGGCGAUGCUAUUAAGUAUCUGCAACAACUGCAAGAGCGAGUGAAGACACUUGAGGAACAAACUAAGAAGAGAAACAUAGAAUCAGCGGUCUUUGUAAAGAAAUCCCAACUCUUCGUUGAUGGUGACAACUCUAGCUCAGGUGAAAACUUCUCCAGCGACCCCCUUGAUGAGCAUCUACCAGAAAUUGAAGCAAGAUUCUGCGACAAAAAUGUCCUCAUAAGAGUUCACUGUGAGAAGAGGAAAGGAGUGCUAGAGAAAUUAAUCGCUGAGAUUGAAAUGCUCCACCUAACAGUCAUUAAUAGCAGUGUCAUAACAUUUGGGAGUUCUGCACUUGAUAUCACUAUUAUUGCCCAGAUGGAUGAGGGAUUCUCCAUGACAGUAAAGGAUCUUGUGAGGAGUCUGCGCUCAGCUUUUGAGUCUAUCAUGUGA